AUGCAUCUGCUGUCUAAUGCAGAUGAUCUCGUGCCGUCUGUCGACCCACUCGCCCUCGAGGUUGCGAGCGAUGGCCUCAGGGGUCUCAAGGCCCUGGGGCCACUCGCGCUCGAGGGUUUGAGUUUCGCUCCGCCAGAGGUCACCGCCGGACAGGAUCAGCAGGACACCGGCCUGUGGCCAUUCGCGGUGCCGAAUACGCCAGGCGAAGCACGGUGGGGGGGCCGGCUGGGACAGAUGGCUGGCCAGCUGCUUGCUUAA